UCCGAGCCGGGCCGCUGCCGGCGCCGCAGCGCUCGCCUCCCCUUCCCUCCUCUCCGGCCCUCCCUCCUCCCGCCCACCGCGCCCUCCCCCGGCGCUCUCCGGCCUCCGCGCCCCGGGAGCUCCGCGAGCGCCUUCCAGGAUUAUGGAGUUUCUGAGCGAGAAGUUUGCCCUCAAGAGCGCGCCGAGUAAAAACACUGACUUUUACAUGGGCGCAGGAGGCGCAUUGGAGCACGUUAUGGAGACGCUGGACAAUGAGUCCUUUUACAGCAAAGCGUCGGCGGGCAAAUGCGUGCAGGCCUUCGGGCCCCUGGCCCGCGCCGAGCAUCACGUGCGCCUGGAGAGGACCUCGCCGUGUCAGGACGGCGGCGUGAACUAUGGGAUCACUAAAGUAGAAGGACAGCCUCUUCAUACCGAACUAAAUAGAGCCAUGGACAACUGUAACAGUCUCCGGAUGUCUCCCGUGAAAGGGAUCCCAGAAAAGGGAGAACUGGAUGAACUUGGGGAUAAAUGUGACAGCAACGUAUCCAGCAGUAAGAAGCGAAGACACAGAACCACCUUCACCAGCCUGCAGCUGGAAGAGUUGGAGAAGGUUUUUCAGAAAACCCAUUACCCCGAUGUGUAUGUCAGAGAGCAGCUUGCUCUGAGGACGGAGCUCACGGAGGCCAGGGUCCAGGUUUGGUUUCAAAAUCGGAGGGCCAAGUGGAGAAAAAGAGAACGUUAUGGCCAAAUACAACAAGCCAAAAGCCAUUUUGCUGCCACAUAUGAUAUAUCGGUUUUGCCAAGGACUGACAGCUAUCCUCAGAUUCAGAACAAUUUGUGGGCAGGCAAUGCGAGUGGUGGUUCUGUGGUUACUUCAUGCAUGUUACCACGUGACACUUCCUCCUGUAUGACACCUUAUUCUCACUCGCCUCGGACAGAUUCCAGUUACACAGGGUUUUCAAACCACCAGAACCAGUUCAGCCACGUGCCCCUCAACAAUUUUUUCACUGACUCUCUUCUUACUGGGGCUGCCAAUGGACAUGCAUUCGAAACAAAGCCAGAGUUUGAAAGGAGGUCUUCCAGCAUUGCAGUUCUUCGAAUGAAAGCCAAGGAGCACACGGCCAAUAUUUCAUGGGCCAUGUAACACACAGUACUCUUAUUUUUCUUUUAAUGACAAAGUAAAACAUUCUUAUUUCUCAUAUUUAAAGGAUACCACAAUAAGCUGCUGUGUGUGGAUAUUGCUAAAGGUCAAGAUAUACAGUGAGACCAGCUUAAAUGAAUAGUCGUUAUUAUUUAACAUUAAAAUCUAAGAAUGAACCUAUGAAAAGACUAAAUAGGUUUACCAUCUACCAGUCUCAACAAACUCUGUUUUAGUAGUAAGAUAUUUUUCCCCUAUUGUAUGAGUCAAUGAAUUAUGAUCAUGCAACUUAAA